AUGAGAGAACACCAUGCACUAAUUCCAACAAAGAGGUUACUCCGUGUGCCUUUAUCGCACAGGUGCGACCUGCACCCCAACCUCGCGCCCUGGUCGGUCCCAGCCACAGGACGCCCUCGCACCUCCGGCCAUCGGUCCCUGCGCAGCUCCAGAGUCCCCGAAACCAAGGGGCGUCCAGCCGCCUCCGCGGUUCCAGGCGGGGCUGGGGCCGCGACACCCCGACGCCACAGCAGUCAGACACGCGCCGCGUCCUCGCGGCUCCAGAACCAGCCAGGCCUUGGAAGUCGCCUUGGUCCGGCGGCCCGCCUAAAGACCGCGCUGGGGGCGGGGACACUUUUACCUGUUGUAGGCUUGCCUGCUCCCCGCCGGCGCCGCUCUCCUGGCAACCGGGGCAGCUACAGAGUCCGGAGCCGUAGGACCUGCAAGCCAGAAGAAGGAGGUAUGCCCACGGAUAUUUCUAUAACUUCGUCCUCACUUCAAAUGAAAACUCCCGAAGGCUGCACGGAGAUCUAUCUUCCAGCAGAGGUCAGGCUUGUACCUUCCUCUUGCCGCGGGCUGCAGUAUGUGGCUGGAGAUGGACUACACCUGCGGCUGCAGACGCAGGCCGAAUUAAGCACAAAACCAAUUUCACUGUUUAAUCAAAGACCACGAGCCCAAGAAUAUUGCAUAUUUUAUUGCCAAUCUUGUGGUGAAGUCAUAAUCAGGGACAGCGUUCGUUGUCUCAGUGAAUGCCACACCUUUGACGCCCAUCCUCAUAUGCCCAUCUUCCAGUGUGGUCUGGGCUUAGUGACUCCUAAGGAACAGAGUAUACAGGCACACCUUGGAGAUACUGUGGAUUUGGCUCCAGACCACUGCAGUAAAAGUGAAUAUUGCAAUAAAAAACCAAAGGCAAAUACCAAAGUAAUUUGUAAGCGUUGCAAGAUAAUGUUGGGAGAGAUCAUGUCAUCAGGUAUAAGUAAUAAAGUUUGUACUUGGGUUUAUCUUAAAAAAGACUGGAGCCUUUUUCUUAACACAACUUCUCAAUCAGAAGAGUUGUUAUGGCUUUUAAACUCAGACAGUUUGGUGAUUGGAUCUUUGGAAAAUUCUAAAAGUAUCAAAAAAUUCCCCCUGUUGGAAGACAUUUUGAAGGAAGAUUCCAGUUCUGUCUGGAAUGCCAUCAAGGUCCUGUACCAGCCAUGCAUCAAAAACAGGAAUGAAAAGCUUGCCAGUUCAUGGGAAAGUGAUAUCAGUGUCCACUCUCUAACCCUGCCUGCUGCAACCUGCUUGGAGCUCCUGUUGAUACUAUCAGAGAAUAACACCACACUGCCUGUGUCCCUUCGCUGUAUGAAUUCCUUUCAGAAAAAUGUUCAUGAACUCUCUAAUGUUGGUGGGAAGUCCAUCCCACAUGUGUUGCCAAGGUGA